GUUAUUUCGUUGAUUCGUACCAGUAUCAGUAUAGGGCUGAAAUUUGAAAACCUUUAGUAACCAGUGCUUCAACUAGUCAGCCAGGUCGGUUAAUAACUAUCCAGAUGUGUCUUUAAAGAGCAUCGAUGUAUUCAUCUUAGUCCCACAAAGGCGACGUGAGAUUUUGUAGGUAGAGGAGACGAAUGUCUCCUUCGUCGGAUAGGGAGUCCACCCAUGCUCUUUUGUCUCGCCUCGUAUAUGAGCAAUGAUCAUGUCAAUUUCUCCUCGAGAGCCAUAUAGCGCUGAUGGACUUCGGAUUUGGCUCCGGUUUUUGAUGGCGUUUCAUUGAUUUUCUAAGCUUCUACCUGCCGGAAUAUCUGCAACACGGUUCUCCAGCUCCUCUUCGAAGGACUUGUCACGCACGCGCAUUGUCAUCCAGGCGGCAUGCCUGGUUCGUGAUAAACAUUAAAGUCUCCAAGUAGGCGUCCCGGCCGUAUAGACUUAUCUCUGUGACAGCUUCUGAUAGUUCCUCGCCCGAUUCGAAGGUCUACAAUGAAAAGCUCAAAAAAACCCGCAAAAUUUAUACGGCAACGAACGGCAUCGAAAACCUCCCUCCAGAACCUUAGCAAGGAAACGGUCAAAGCCCCGUCGCGCAUGCUUAAGCCUUCCACUGCUGAUGACUCCUCUUCGCCGGCGGUUGACCCACCUGUCGUAUUUGAUCUGAACGGUCGAAAAAUAAGGACUAAUCCAGAGCCAGCACUCAAAGAUGCUCACGAAGAAGUUGCGGUGGAUCGUACUGAAACUGAAAUGAUUACUCCUCCAUGCACCGACCUUGUUAGCAAGCCAUCCGAAUUGAUCGUUUCCGAAUUUUUGAAACAUAGACAUGCUCUACAAAACAUCAAGGAUCAGGAGAAUGAGUUCCUCAAAAUCUUUCAAAAGUAUAACAGGCAACCAUCCGAAAGUCUCCUGGCAAAAGCGAUCGGUGAACGCAGCACUUCCAAAAAGAACGUCCUGAUCCAGUCCGAGAGUCACCCCGUUUUUGAAUGCUGCUACGAAGGCGAAGAAAAUGUUCCCAGUUCUACCAGCUGUUGCGAGGGGGCAUGCCUGAAGAGAGUGGCCAGUCGGUGCUGUUUGGCCAACCAGUAUGAAGGAGAAUGUUCGGUAGGAUUCGGUGGCGCCCCUCAACCAAGGGGGAACAAAUUUCCCUGGCUGGCGUUCUGGAACGGUCUAUCGGUGUUGAUGAUAGCGUUGCUGCUGGGUAUUACCCUGUUGGUGAACUUUGACCACCUGAUGGCCAUUCGGAAUGGGCGCGAGUGGAGGAGGGAGAUGAUUCUGCCUCCGCCGGUGGCACCAGAGGCACGAGGAGUUUUUGACAGAAUUAGGGACUUCCUGAUGAAACUUUGGGUAGAACUGAAGGAUAUGAUUGUGUUGGAUGAGCUUGAGGGAGACUUUUAAAUACGAUCUUGUCGUUUGUUAGUAGACCUAUAUCGAAACCUAUUAAAUCAGUAUUCUUGUUCAGUGUCAGAUCUGUGUAAUAUUCAUAAACCACAGCCUUAACUCUAUUCUCCUUUUUAUCUCACAAUAAAAUAAAAAAAAACUGUGACCCCAGCUUGUCGCAGUGAUAAAUAACCACAAUCAAUAAGUAAAUCCCAUUUUCUCGUAUUCUUUUCUUUUGCAGGUUUGUCCCCAUGAUUUAUGAGACUAAAAUAAGGCGGCGGCAGUUCGGUCCUGCCGCCGGCGCUGUAAGCUACCUAUAUGCUCCUCUACAUACAGAGAUUGUCUUCGCACAUUCGUAAGUAAGAUACACAACACACUAUGAAGUGAUGUGACAUGCUCACUGCUCAGCUCAGCUACAAUACAAAUGAAUUCAUUGUUCCGCACUGAAGUCGAUGGGAUGUCGUUAGAUAAAUCACAGUAAAUGUGACUGAGUGAAUCCACGUGACUGGCUAACCGUAUUGCGGGGAAGAUUAAUUAAAAUCCAUAGAAUGGGAAGUCAAAAAGUUCGCGUUUAAAAAAAAUAUGACGAUGGUUCACUUUUUCGGGCUCUCAAGAUUUAAAGCCCCUUAAGGGUCUCCAUUUAGCCAGUGGUAAGGCUUUGGAUUGCCAAUCCGGAGACGGUGGGUUCGAUUCCCGUUUUAAUCGGGAACUUUUCUCGACUGCCCUGGGCAUAGUGUAUCAUUGUGCUUGCCUCACAAUAUACAAAUUCAGACAAAGAAAGCCCUUCAAAUAAUAUCUGUGGAAGUGCUCGAAGAACACUAAGUUGAAGAGAGGCAGGCCAAGUUCCAGUUGGAAUGUCGAGCCAAAAAGAAGAAGAAGAAGAAGGGGUGAGAAAUGUUAUGCAAAGGGAGGCACAAAGGUCCUCAAGGGAUAGUUUCAGUGGAUUUAAGGGUAGUUGAGCGGCUUUUUAAGGAGGAAAAGAAUGACAAGGACCGAUAGGUAUUUCAAGGAGAGAGGCAGGGAGACUUUCAAGCUUUCAAUGAAAGUCAAGAAGGGCUAAGUGGGAUUAAGCGGGAUACUUGGGGUUUUAGAGAAUUUACAGGAAACUUCCAAAGAAGUUCGUAGAGACUUCAGAUGGUUUUCAGAGAUCUUAAGAUGGACAGCGAGACAAUGGAUACCACUCGUUAACAUCCAGGGGAGUGUAGUUUCAGAGAUUUUGGUCAAUUUUGAAUUAUUCCGGGGAAACCCCUCCUUGCUAUUACUUCGUGUUUUUUUCUGAAAUGAUCUCUGAAGGGACGUUCCUAAAUAAUAAUUACAUACCACUAUAUUUCGCCUUUUGGGGCUAUUACUAGGCUAGUGUAGGGUUUGCCAGCUCCACAACAGCGCUACACUAGCACGCAAGCACCGCAAUAAUAGUGCCAUGUGAUUGCUUGGGUUCUUGCUGAAAUUCGUUUUAUGAGUUUAGCAUAAAUUCUUCUUAAAAUUUCUAGAAAAUUCUCCAGGAUUACCCAUUGGCGUAUCUAGGAUUUUUUCCUAGGGGGUGCCUAGAGGGUGCCAAUUUCAGUGGCUUCCAGGUUGUUUUGCUGUGUAUUUUUUUUAAAGGGAAUACCGAUCCACCCUCAACUUCUUAGUACUUAGUACAACUUCCUAGCAAUGAUAUACUGCGUCGCUGAAAAAAAUAGCCCGCUAAUGUUGGCUUACGUAAAGUCAACAUUGUAUUGAGUCUGGUUUGUACGUAUAAUAUAAGAAAUUUGUGUUUCGGCAAAACAUUUUUUCGGUUAUUCCUCUGGGAAUAUUCCCGGUAAUUUAUUUGGAAAUCAUUUUGCAAUUUAUUUCAUUUUUUUUGGAAAUUUCUCAGUUACUCCUUUGGAUUUGGCAUUUUUUUCGAUAAUAUCUUUAGAUCCAUUUCAGCAAUUUCUUUAGCAAUUUAUUUGGUAAUAUGUUUGGAAUUUGAUACUAAACAGUAUUCGCGUAUCCUUUGAAAAUUUCAUCGGUAAUUCCAUUAGGACUAGGAUUUUUUCAUUUCAUGGGAAAACCUUCUGAAGUGUUUUCUCGGGAGAUCCUUUGCCAAUUUUUAGUGGUCUUUCAGGUAUGUUUUUUUAAUGUCAGCAAUUCUAUUGAUAUUCACUUUUUGAAAUUCUCCAAUUACUCUUAGGGCAAUUCAUUUGGAAAUUCUUUUAGUGAAGCUUUUGGUAAUGCAGUCGACAAUGACUCUGGGAACUUCCUCACAUUUUUUUAUUUAUUCUACAGUCAUUCUACUCUUUUGGGAUUUUCGUAGAUUUUUUGGACUUUCAUUAUCCAAGAAUGCUAUUCGGUAUUCCUUCGGAAACUUCUUUGGAAAUUCCUUUAUAAACCGUUUCUAUAAUUUUAAUGAAAAUUCUUUAGACAAUUUCUUCUAGCUUUCUUCAACAAUUCGGAAUUCCUGCAGCAGAUGAUUCAGGAAUACAUUUAGCAACUCCCAUGUUUCUUGCAUUGAAAAUUUAUUCAGGAAAAUCAUCAGCAAUUCCUUGGGAAAUUUUGGAAACUUCGAUUAUUGCUUUGGGAACUUCUUCGGUAAUUCCUUUGAAAAUUGAUUCGGCAAAUGUCUUAGCGAUUUCCUUCGGCAAUUUAUUUGAAAAUAAAAAUCUUUGUCACGGUGAUUCUACGGCAAUUAUUUUUAGGAAUUCUCACAAAAUUUUCUUCAGAAAUUCCUUUGAUGAUUUCGGAAGAUUCUUUUAUGUUUAUUUUGAGAUUGGAUUUGAGCAAUUCCCUAAAAUAAAAAGCCUUAAGAUUUUCCUCAGGAAUUCCUCUUGUAAUUCUUAUAUGAAUUCUUUUGCCAACUACUUUGAAAGUUCUAAGGUAAUUUUGAUAACAAUUUUUCCGGCAAUAUAUUUGGGAAUUUGUCAGGAAGUUUUUCAUGAAUUUAAUAGGAUUUUCUUUGAGAAAGCCCAGUAGAGAAUUUUUGCAUUUCCAGUUUAGCAAUUUUCGGAAGUAGUGUAGAAUUAGUAAAUAUUCAAAUACACGUAAAUAAAAAUUAAAAAUAAAAUCGGAAGCAAUAAAUAUAAAUAAAAUUAAAUUAUGUAUAAAAAAAUACAAAAGUAAUCACAAUAAAAUAGCCUGAGAAAUUUGCAGAAUAACAGAAAAAUAAAUUGCAUAAAUAAUUUCAGAGGAAAAUCCUUUGAAAUUAUAGGUAAAAAUCCAUGGAAAUUGCUGAUUAAAUUCCACCACCGCAGUAAUUUUCAAUUAAAAAACAACCAUGCCGAAGGGAUUCGAAUGCCACCAAAACGCGAUUUUUUACACAAACUCAUCUCUUAAUUUGUCAGUUAGGAACAAGCUGUGCCUUCUAAUUAAUUACGAGUUUUUCUCUAGUAAUACAUUCUAGAAUUUCUGGGAUCAUAGUGUGCCCUGCUUGCGGUAGGAUGCAAAAUUUUGACUGUCAAGAUUUUUUUCUCGAAUUUUUGUUAGUUUAGGCGAUUAUUUUAGAAUGAGAAUCGUACCAUAUUUGGUUCAUUUAGUUGUGAAGUGAUAAGUUCCAGACUACAUGGUGUCAUCAUUCAAGAUUAUCCGUGGUGUUUGAGGCUUAACCGGUGAAGUAGCUUCCGAGGAAGACCACUGCAAGAAACGAAAAUGGUAGUCGCCCCAAGGUCGCCCCAUAAAAAGAUGGAUGAUGUGUGCAGUAGCAAGUAGUCACAAAUGGCGGAAUUUCAUCCAGAUAUGCCGAAAUGCUGGUGAGGAUGUUCCUUUUCUUUCUCGAUUAUACAAUUACUUUUGGCCUUUUUCGUAAGUACACUUUUGUUUCCUUUUUUUUUUUUUUUUGAACGAGGGAAUCAUUUUACAUUUUUAACAAAUUCAGUGGCAAGUAGACACGUUCUCCGCGUCAUUUUUAUUCAAGCCAAGAUUCGUAAUGUCGCGGAUGUGAAAGAUAAAAAAACAGUUUUUAUUGAAGUCGUUUGAGGUUAAUUGAGAUUUUUUUUUAUUAUGAUGAUGUUUGAUAAUGUCACUUAUAAAACUACGUCCUGUCUCAAAAAUACCAUCACUUUGUCCCUAAGACAGUCUAAGCAAGGCUAAACGUCGCGUUCAGUUCAAUUCUGUGUGAAAUGGACUAAAGGUUUCUGCUUCCUAGCGGGGUAGAGACAAAGCUACACUCCCAGGGGCUUUUCCCUGCUCCAAAUAAAUUAACAUAAAAAAAAAACAAACAAAAUAGGUUCUGAUCAAUAAGGUAAAGAAACAAUUAUUUUACAGAAUAAACAAUGUUAGCAAGAAUGAACGAAAAAAA